AUGUCCGCGGAUCACGCAUCGUCCCUUUCCGGGACUGACGGCCUCCUCCGCGGUCACCGGAGCCGGUCAUACGGCAGUCUUGUGUCUUCUUCGUUAUCACCCGCCAUUAGACAAAGACGUAUUGAGCACAAAGUUAAGCCCGGUGACACUUUACAAGGACUGUCACUUAAGUAUGGCGUGUCGAUGGAGCAAAUCAAAAGGACAAACAGACUGUACACAAACGAUUCAAUAUUCCUCAAGGAAUCACUUUUUAUCCCAGUACUGACCGGGACUUUAUCUUUUACAAAUGGAGUGAAUGUAAGGGAGGAGGAAACAAGUCAAGCACAAACACACUCCGAGGUUCCUCAAGAGAGCCAAACAGACUGUAGUAGUUCUGACGGGAAUGCUGAUCUCUCACCAGUGGAAUACCUGAAAAAGAUCGACAGUCUGAUCAGUCAGUCUAAACAAGCUGCUGUGAGGACCUGCCAGGAGGGAGAGAAACAGUUUUCCUUUAUAGAACAACUCCAUUAUGACAACCUGGCGUCCCAGCAGCCGGUACUGGGAGCUGUUCCUGUUACAAUCACCAAACGCACACGGAAUUUGAGAGACAGGGAAGAUGAGAUCUUUCAGCUGUGAUCGGGGCUGCAUAUAAGGAAACAAUUUCUACGUUUUUUGAACUGUGAAAUAUUUUUUAGGGCUUCCUAUACUUUAAACAGCAACAUUGUAUUUGGCAAAGGGAUUGAUGGGGUGUGCUGUAUACCAGUGGUUGUGUGAGACAUUAAGUGCUUUAUCAUAAAUGCAGCCAGAGUUUUAGGUAUUAGGUAUUAGCAAUGUAAUGCCCAUAAGUGAAUUGUAAUUCAAGGCAAUGUUGCUGUAUCUCUUAAACAUUAACCAAACCAAUACCAGAGUUAUGAGUAUAGUGUAUAACUGCAUUACUGCCAAGAGUUUAGAUAUUUAAUACUUCUACCUCACAAGUACCCUAUGUAGGAUCAUUUAAGGUUUAAAUAAAAAAGUAGAUUUUUCAUGUGCCAUGAGACAUCUUUCAGAUCGAUCUGUAAACUUUCAAUCGAGCAGAUUCUGUGCUGUUACAUUUUGUUCUGUUCCGUUUACAAUGUGCUAAAGCUUUCAAUGCCGCAAGUAAUUAACAAAACACAAUAAAGACUUGAUUUGGUUU